AUGGCUCUCAUCUUCUUCUCUCUCCUGACAAUAGCAUUAGAAUUCUUGUAUUUGCGUGGGGUUACACCAUUCAACUUCAGUUAUCCGGCAGUCUUCAACUUCGGUGAUUCAAAUUCAGACACCGGUGGCCUCGCCGCCGGGAUUGCUUUCCCUGUGGGGCCGCCGAAUGGACAAACCUAUUUCCUGAAGCCAUCAGGACGAUUCUGUGAUGGCCGUUUGAUCAUCGAUUUUUUGAGUAAUUUUAAUUUAUUCCAUUGCCUUUGCCGCAGCUAUCUUCUUCCACUCGCCAUGGCUCUCAUCUUCUUCUCUCUCCUGACAAUAGCAUUAGAAUUCUUGUAUUUGCGUGGGGUUACACCAUUCAACUUCAGUUAUCCGGCAGUCUUCAACUUCGGUGAUUCAAAUUCAGACACCGGUGGCCUCGCCGCCGGGAUUGCUUUCCCUGUGGGGCCGCCGAAUGGACAAACCUAUUUCCUGAAGCCAUCAGGACGAUUCUGUGAUGGCCGUUUGAUCAUCGAUUUUUUGAGUAAUGUAUCUUCACCUUGUAACUAG